AUGCUCGUCAUGGAGAACUGCGGGUGCGCACCCGGGCUGCCACCCUCCAGCGACUGCUUGCAGGAUGUGGCGACCACGAGCGGCGCGUGCGAUAUACCGAGUGGUUCAAAGGUUGUUUCGUGUUCUCGCUGGACGCCGUGCUGGACGCUCUACGAUCUUGCGUCCCAGGGGACCGCGUAUUUUCUGAUCCUCAUCAUCCAGAGCAUGACCGUGGUGGCUGGCAGGCGCGGUUCACGAAUAUUGUUCGCCCCCGCUAUGAACAGACUGCCUUGGUGCAUGUGCGUCGCUGCCUGGAUCGUUGGACUUGUCGCGUGCUGGGCCCGAUACGAUUGA